GAAACUUUUUGUUUUUCAGUUCUACUGUUUUGUUGGAUGAUUUUGCAUAAAAUUGAAAAAUGAAUACAAGGAAAAUGGUUCAAAGUGUUAUUUCCACAGUGCUUUUGACGUCAGUAGUAUUAAACACGACUGCCUGUUAUAUUAUUUUAGCUAAAGUGAAAAGAAAAGAGAUAACGCAUUUAUUUAUUGUCAGCAUUUCUAUUACGAAUUUGUUAGAAACGAUAAUUGGAUUAACACCUCAAUUAGCAAUGGCCGAUGAGUCUUUAUUGGAAAGAACUCCGUUAUGCAUUGUAGGUGGUUUUGCAGUUCUAGGUUUUGCUAUAACUAACAUAACUCAUUUAGCAAUACUUUCCUUUAUCAGAAUUGUUGCCAUAAAAUACCCGAGGCGUUAUUUUCAAUAUCACAAAAUGUUUUGGUGCAGAGUAACAUCAAUUUUAGUAUGUUAUGCGUAUGGUUUUUUAUGGGCUACACUUCCUAUGAUUGGUUGGUCAAAAUAUGAGCUUGAUUUUGAUAAGAAACGUUGUUCUUUGGAUUGGAAACUGACAAAAUUUAAUUCUUUAUCUUAUAUUAUAGCCUUUUUAUUCUGUUGCAACAUUUUACCUGGAAUAGUUAUUGUGUUAUCGUUGUAUUUUAGCACAAAAGAAAUUCGUUACCGAAAAGCAUGCAAAUUACCUAAAAAUACAAAAACUGAUCUUUUAGAAAAAGAAUAUUUUCGAGUUUGUUUUUUAUCAGCGGUUACGUAUUUUUUCUUUCGGACAUCUUACGUAAUUGUUGGUGUUUUGACAUUGCUAAAAAUUGCAAUACCGACGCAUUUGGCAACAACCACCGCACUGUUUUCAAACCUCUCGACCGUUUCUAAUAUUCUUAUUAAUUGUUACGCUUUAAAGUCUUUUCAAAAACAACUGCUAAACCUGAGGAUCAUUCAAAUUUUGAAAACCUUUUUUCUUGAAUUACGUGAUUGCAAAAAAAAUAAAAUAAAUACCAUACUGCCUAUGCAUAUUUUCUUUGGAAUAAAAUAGUUUUAAAACAUUUUGAUUUUUCUUUUGAAUGGAGUUACCUCUCAUUUAAAAAAAAGGCUUCAGGAAAUCAUUUUGUCUAUUGACGGUAAUUUUUUGUAUUUUUAAACAUUCAAUAAUUUCCUUUUUUAUUUUUUAUGCAUUGAUGCAACAGAAUAUGUAUAUAAAUGCAUUAAAUUUUUUUUGUGCUUUAUACACUUGACCAUGUAAGUAUCCAUUUGAUUUUUAUAAGAUUUUUAAAUUUACGAGCGGUUCUCAAUGAAGAUUUGAUGGUCUUCUGUGAGUAUCCGCAUUCUUUUUAUUUAUUUAAUUAAAUACUUGAAUAUUUUGUUUAUUUAUAUUUUCUAGUUGUAAAAGGAUUAUUUAAUCUUAACGAUUUAAUUUAUUUGUAUAACAACUUUUAUACUUUGUUUAAAUUUUAAAUUACAAGUUCUUUAACAGCGGUUGUCUGUGACAAGACCUGAAGGUUUUCUUUGAGUAUCCGCGUUCUUUAUUUGUUCUUUAUUAAUUUAU